CAUCACGUGGGAGGGUCUCCAGCUGCCUGUCAAGAAAACACAGGAAGUCACUCACUUCCUGUUAGUUCAUUCUGUAGGCAACUUGUAGUUUACAGACCUCGUUGGGAUCUCCCAUCAUGCACUGGGCCAGGCAGUCCGUGGAGAAGCAACAGCAAGCGCCUCGCUCUCGUGAGAUUAUCGGUGCCCAACGUGAUCAUGACGUCAGGGCCAGUCGGACCACAUCUAACCGCGCAUGCGUGGUUCGGAGACGGACUCUGCGGACCUUCUCCUCUCCCACGAGCCUCCGGUGUCGGUCUCCGUGUCUCCGGGAGAAAUGCUGAGACUGUUGGUGAAGCAGCAAGUCCACGCGGCUUCUGGAGACACGUUGGGGCUGAUUGACAGAUUAAUCUCAGAUUAUGAGGAGGACGUUUCUCGUUUUAGAGAACAUGAGCGACACAGAUCAGGAGAAAUGCUGAGACUGUUGGUGAAGCAGAGACUCCAGGCGGCUUCUGAACGCACUCUGGGGCUGAUUGACAGAUUCACAGCAGAUUAUGAGGAGGAAGUUUCUCGUUUGAGGGGAAAUGAGCGACGACACAAACUCCUGGAGGCCGUGUUCAACCCUCGAGUUCAGCUGCACAGAUCAGGGAUUGGCUGCCCAGUGCCUCGCAUCCCGGCAGAGGCCAGCCCCCUGGCCGACCACGUGUCCGCCACGCGCAUCCUGUGCGGCGCCCUGGUCUUCCCCACCAUCGCCACCAUCGUGGGGAAGCUCAUGUUCAGCAGCGUCAACUCCAACCUGCAGAGGACCAUCCUGGGAGGCAUCGCCUUCGUGGCCAUCAAGGGGCGUUCAAGGUCUACUUCAAGCAGCAGCAGUACCAGAGGCAAGCCCACCGCAAGAUCCUCAACUUCCCCGAGCAGGAGGAGGCCUGAGGAGGACGGACCAACCACACACACACACACCUCACACACCUCACACACAACUGGUGAACUAGAGGCCAGGAAGUGCUUGCGAGAUGGACUUGCGAUCGGCGACGCCCCUUUACCUCUGACUCCUCCUCCUCGCCUUGUUUUUAUGGAGGGACAUUCAAGCGACGGCGUCUUCGCCGCCGCCGCCGCCAUACUUUAUCUUAUAAGCUCGAUGCUUCGUGAAGACGAGUCAGACCUGUGGACCCACAAUGGAGAUUGUUUUCGCGCACACACACACACACACACACACACACACACACACACAGGCUGUGUCUUUGGUGAUCUGUAACACUUGUUGUAAACUUACUGUGUUUUAAACAAACCGAUGCGGGGCAUGUGUAAUUAGAAAGUUUUAUAAUAAUAAUAAUUAAAUGAUUGUUUUAUAUGGUUAUUUUGCAGAUCGGACCCCUUUGCCAAAGCUCGGGGUCCACGUUGUUCCGUGUGUAGAAUGUAUUACUGACGCCGACCACACGGCGACAUCCACACCCUCUGUGCGUUGCUCAAAGGCCUCUCGGCAGUGUUUACCUUGUCGCAGCUUCAGCUCCCGUUUCCCCAAACGCGUUCUGUGUGUGCUCACCAAACGAAGCCGCAGGUCUGGUCGAGCCUGUUGCCGUGACGACACCGGCCGGAUGUAUAACGUGGAGGCUUUUGUUUUUCUUUUGUUUUUGGACUGUCGAAGCAUCUCAAAAGUUUUUUCUGAAGCCCGACGGUUCAGUCGAGCUGAAGCUCCACGUUGUUUUUUAUUCCGGGGGGGAAAAAAUUUAAAGUUCAUUUCAGCCAAAUGAUGAAAUCUAUUAUUUUAUCACUUAUAAAUCUUUAUCUGUGCAGAUAGUUUGUUGCCCAGGUUUUCUGUUUGUAUUCCUGCCGAUGCCUCGCUGGCCUUAGACGGCCCCAAUGAAAGGGGACAUCGUUUGAAUUACGUCCCUACAAAAUAAGAGCGUUUGGGGCUGCGGUGGAAAUCCUAAAACCCUGAACAAUGCAACACUAUCUGCACAGGAGCAAUGUGGGAACGUUUUGUUUUUGAAGUGUCCCUGAACACACCGCCACAUGGCGGCUAUAAGUUUAAUUUGUAUUCACGACGUGAUGAACAAUGAGCCCCAGCUUUUGUUUUCUGCCUCAAACCCGUGAGCGCACAACGACGUGGCGUGUGCAACCCUCACGUGAUCUACACGCCGCCAAAAGAGACGUCCGACAUUUAGAGUUCUACGCUAUGAGUUCUGUGAAUAAAUGUAUUUUUCCAAUGAG